AUCACGCUGACGUAAGCUACAGCUAAGUUAGCGUAGAAGAAGUCGACUGUCGCUAAUAACUACAAGGCAGCGCUGAAUUUCUCGAUGAGUAAAGUCACAGCGAUGGCCACCAGCCUGAUGCUCCAAGAAUGCAUCAAAACAGCUGAGGACCUGCUGAAGAGAGUGGAUCUGCUGUGCAGCCACCAGAACCAGGAAGUGGAGGGUCGUGCCAAGCUGUGCAGCAAACUCCGUGCCGAGCUCAAAUUCCUGCAGAAAGUGAAGGCCGGAAAAGUCGCAAUCAAAGAGUCUCACCUGCAGAGCACCAACCUGACUCACCUGAAAGCCGUCGUCGAGUCGGCCGAGAGCCUCGAGAACGUUAUCAGCGUUUUGCACGUGUUCGCGUAUGAGGGUCGGGACGGACGGAAGCAGACGCUGGUGGUGGACGUGGUGGCAAACAGAGGGCACACGUGGGUGAAGGCUAUCGGACGCAAAGCCGAGGCAUUACACAACAUAUGGCAGGGCCGAGGGCAGUACGGUGACAAAAGUGUGAUCCGGCAGGCAGAAGAUUACCUGGAGGCCAGUCGCCAGCAGCCCAUUCAGUACAGCAACCCGCACAUCAUCUUCGCCUUCUAUAACGGCGUCUCCAGUCCGAUGGCCGACAGACUCAAAGAGAUGGGUAUCUCCGUUAAAGGUGACAUUGUUGCUGUGAACACGGUGGUCAGAUCAGACGAGGAUGAAGACGAGGAUGAAGAGGAUGGCGAUUCCACACAGGAAGAGCAGGACAUCGAGGAGGAGGAGGAGGAUGAAGAUGAUGAAGUGCAGCUCGUGCACACCCGCGUGGACCGAGACACUAUUGUAGCAAGCUUGGCGUUCCCUACUGACGUCAAGGUAGCAGAGUGUCCACGCGUAAACCUCGACAUCACCACACUCAUCACAUACGUGUCGUCUCUGAGUCACGGGAACUGCCACUUCACCUUCAGGGAGUAUGUCCUGACCGAGCAGGCUGCUCAGGAGCGCCAGGAGAAGGUGCUGCCCAAGCUCGACGCCUUCAUGGAAGGGAAGGAGCUUUUCGCAUGCAACUCAGCCGUACAGGACUUUCGCACUAUCCUCGACACGCUCGGCGGCCCUGGCGAACGCGAACGAGCAGAGAAGCUCCUCGCCAGGCUCACCGUGGUUCCCGAUCAACCCUCAGAGCGGACGCAGCGCCUCGUAGCCAGCUCCAAGGUCAACCAUAGGUCGCUUAUGAUCUUCGGUACUGGUGAUACUCUCCGUGCUGUCACUAUGACUGCUAACAGCGGGUUUGUCCGUGCUGCUGCUAACCAAGGUGUGCGCUACAGCGUCUUUAUCCACCAACCUCGAGCGCUGACGGAAGGCAAAGAAUGGAGAGCCACACCCAUAUGAUGAUCCUGAAAAUAAAAAGAGACCUCUUAACCUGAAUUCAAACGACUGAACGCUGAAGUGUAUGGAGUUACAAUAGCACUUUAAAUGAUGCCUGAUUUACUCUAUUUGCAAGAGGCAUUUUCAUUUCACGUGCACAAAUUACACAGCUGGGAUGCUCAUUUAGACGGCAUCUGUGCUGUGUUUUGUUUUUUUGUAUCUCUUGCAGAAUUAUAUAUAUUUUUUUCCUGAACUCAGUGCCUCAAUCUCAGCCUGCAAAGACUGCAGACAAACCAAAUGACACGGCUGUGAUGGAAAUAUAUUGUCAAACACAGAACCACAGAUAUCGUACAGUGUUUGUAUCCUGUCUGAGGGGAAAAUAUGAUGUUAUGGUUGGAUAUUUGUUUUGCAAGCUGAACGCUUGGAUGUGCAUCAUAGAAGUCACUCUGUGUAUUUUAUGUUGUGCACAAAGUUCAAAUAAACAUCCUUAAAAUGUC